AUAUGGUAUAACCACCAUGAACCUACCAGCUAUAUAUAGUGUUGUUGACUUAUUUUCCAUUUCAGGCUCCUGUUGUCUUGUUAUUAUCUUGAAAAAAAUUGACUUAUUUUCCAUUUCAGUCUCCUGUUGUCUUGUUAUUAUCUUGAAAAAAAUUGACCUAUUUUCCCUUUCAGUCUCUUGUUGUCUUGUUAUUAUCUUUAAAAAAUAAAAUAUGGAGGAAGAAAGCUUAGAAAAUGGAAACAUUAACAGUCACCUGUUAGCAGAUGUUGAUUGUGAAGCUGAAAGUGAAAGUUCUGCCACUUUUAUUCUUGUGUUCAGCACUUUCAUUGCUGUUUGUGGUUCCUAUGUGUUUGGAACUUGUUUAGGAUAUUAUUCACCCGCAGAGAUUGGAAUCAGGGAUGACCUAGACCUCUCUGAAUCCGAGUACGCUCUCUUUGGCUCAAUUAUGACGGUUGGAGCCAUGAUAGGUGCAAUAAUAAGUGGAAAGACGUCGGAAAUGAUCGGUCGAAGAGGUGCAAUGGGGAUUUCAGAACUCUUCUGCCUCAUAGGGUGGCUUUCAAUACUUUGCUCCAAGAAUGUAUGGCUGCUGGACGUUGGAAGACUACUCAUAGGAUGCGGUAUCGGGCUCCUCUCUUAUGUGGUACCUGUAUAUAUAGCAGAAAUAACGCCCAAAAACCUUAGAGGAGGAUUUUCAAGUGUUCAUCAGUUCAUGAUAACUCUCGGCUCAGCAAUGACAUAUUUUAUUGGAACUGCUGUCACCUGGCGUACAUUGGCCCUUAUAGGAAUAAUUCCAUGUCUAGUACAGCUUGUUGGUUUACUUAUUGUUCCGGAGUCUCCGAGAUGGCUGGCUAAGAUUGGUCGAGAGAAAGACUGCGAAGCUGUCUUACAGCGCCUUAGAGGAGAGAGUGCCAACAUAUCUGAGGAAGCAACUGAGAUUACAGACUACAUACAGAACCUUAAACAACUCCCUGAAGACAGAAUCCUAGACUUGUUCCAGCGGAUAUAUGCUCGUUCACUCAUGGUUGGAGUUGCGCUGAUGUUAAUGCAACAAUUUGGAGGUGUUAACGGAAUUGAACUUUAUUCGAGUUCUAUAUUUGAAGCAGCAGGUUUUUCAGCUAAAGUUGGGAUUACUGCAAUGGCUAUUGUUCAGAUUCCUAUGACCAUACUUGGUAUACUAUUAAUGGAUAAAUCCGGAAGGAGACCGCUUCUACUGAGUUCUUCUGUGGGAACGUUCAUAGGCAGCUUACUCGCUGGGGUGUCAUUCUCAUUGCAGGACCAUCAGCUAUGGAAAAAAGUCACGCCGGUUCUAGUGUUUGUUGGUAUACUGGUCUAUAGCGGAUCAUUUGGGCUAGGACUUGCAGGAAUACCAUGGCUCAUAAUGUCAGAGAUCUUUCCCAUUAACAUAAAGGAUUCAGCUGGAAGUUUUGUGUCUUUGGUCAAUUGGUCUAGUUCCUGGAUUGUUACCUUCAUAUUUAACUUCUUAUUGGAACGGAGCCCAGCAGGAACAUUUUUCAUAUUCUCUAGCAUUAGCGGCUUGACUGUCCUAUUUGUGGCAAAGAUAGUACCAGAGACCAAGGGGCGAACACUCGAACAAAUUCAGUCAGUGAUGAACCCACUAACAGCUAGAAGAUGAACCUGCAGGCAUGCUUGUCCAAAGGUUAAAAAUGGUCCUGCAAUCCAGGGAUGCAAUAGUGAUUGAUCAUGAAUUGAAAAUUUCUGACAGUCAAAUCAAGAUAUGUCAAGUUUCUACGCUGCAUUACUCUCAUUUUACUGCAUAUUCUGCACAAAUCUGUACAUGGCAUGAACUAAGGAAGGGCAUAGCAGAAUUUAUCUGUCACUUCUCGUGUAUUUUAGAACUUGUUUCCUUGUUCAGGUCCUUUCUGCAAAUAUUGUAAAGUGUAUGCAUGAUGAUAAAAUGACAUAUUUGACAUUGUUGAUGCUAGAAUUUGCUCAAGAAAUAAUAUGUUGGAGUUGAUAGAUAUACAAAGG